CGAAAACUGAGCCUUGAUCAUUUUCGCGCCGAUGAAACACCAGAAACAAGUGAUGCAGAGUGUGUACAACUGGGAUGAUGUUGAGAUGCUCACAGGGUCAUGGUACAGACACUAUACACCUUCGACAACCUUGAACAAGUACGACAACAUUGCAGUUCGGUACACUGACAUGAUGGCUAUUGUCCUCCACGCCRAKAACGACAAUUUGGACAAUAUAACGGUUGCGCCGAAAUUGCGAGCCGAGUUGACAAAUUUGAACGUUGAAGAGGGUGAAUUUGUGAGGUGCUCAGGGGAGUGUAUCGGCAUGGAGGGCGACACCGACGCGGUUUAUUCUUGGAUGGAACGAGAGUCAGCACGUCUCCGAAAACUGUGCAGCUCGUUCAUCAGGGAGGACGAUGGCGUGAUGCUGUUGGGCAGGGCGCAUGCGGGACUGAUUUGGGAACUCGCUCGCGCCGGACACCACGUGUUUGCGUGUGACGACAUGACAAAAGAGCUUACAUACCUUUCCAAGUUUUUGGAGUUUUAUGUGAAGGAUCCGAUGAAUAAAUGCAGGUUCAAAAGGCCCCAAGUCGAGCACCGCAAGGACAGGGACAUUUACUAUAAGAUCGGCAGGAAGAGGGAGAAAGUGUGGGCUUACUUGUUCGGUGACGCUCCACGGUUGGCGGUUGAUAACGACUACGUCAUCAGUAAAAGUGAACUCGAGAUAGCAAUGAACGAGUACCACGGAUCGCACAUGGGUGUUUUCCACAUGUUCGUCGCACUUUGUGAGCAUCUGUAUUUCAAUAUGAAGAAAAGAGCACUGUCAUGCAGGGACUAUGCGGACUUGGCACGUAAAGCGUGGAACUUCAACAACAUCGAUUGUGACGAAGACACGUCAGACUCCGACCUGGACGUUCCGUCGCGCGCGACACGACGUUCGGCGCAGGGAGCACGUGCCGAGGAGCCGCAAGGGAGCACCAACGCAGAUGCAGAGAAGGCGAGGUCGAGUUUGGGAGCGACACAUGCUAGCGAGGGAGACGUGGAACAUAGAAUGAAUGCAAGGGGAGAAAAGAAUUGUGUACUAAUGAACCCGGUGGGUGUGAGUGAGGGAACUGUUAACUCACGGGGCAACACAGGGGGAGGAGAGAAUGGGUGUGAAAUGACCCCGCCAACAGUUGGACCAUCAUCGACACAUGCACCGCAGGCCGAGCAGCGAACGCUCACGUCGAUGGACACAGAUGAAGAUGAAGACAUGGAUAUGACAGCAGUCAUGCCGAACCUCGUGCAAGGAAAACCGUUACCUAAAGGCUUUUCUCAAGACCCUUCAGUGUCAUACUUGCUGCAAGACAAGUACAAUGAGUCAUCGGAGGAGGACUAGGGUCAUCAUAUUCUCUGGCAUGAGGGCGUGUUCGAACCGUGCGUGUUUGCGGGCAAGUGGCAAAUGGUUGUGAAGACAAGAGACCGCGGGUGGGUCGCGAAGGAAAGAAAGGACGCUGCGAUAUGGCACAGCGUGACGGAGAUGCAACUUUUUGGGCGGGGUGCACAAGAAAAUGUCGGUGCAACCGAGGUGGCUAUAGCGGCAAAGGCGAAAGCUUUGUUUGAGCAUCUGCGUGCGAACAAACAACUAGAAUUCAACACAAAGUUCUACAACCUUGCAUCAAGUGUGUCGUACGGCUCCAUCGAUUGGAAAAUCAAACAAGCGUCAAUAG